GAUGUUUCCUUGGCAACCGAGCCUUAUCCAGAUUUUAUGUUUCGCCAUAAGUUCUCACUCCUUGUGGUUGGACCAAGUCAAUCAGGGAAAACAGUUUUCGUAGAACAGAUUCUAACGAGAGAUCGUAUUGUCUACGAAACCAACAAGCCCCGUCGCAUUUUAUGGUAUUACAGUCAGUGGCAAGAUAGAUACGAAGCUUUGAAAUCAGCGAUCGGAAAGGACAUUAAAUUUUUUCGUGGCCUUCCCUCAUUUCAAGAAGAUCUGCGAGAAAUUGACCCAAAAUACAACAACGUUAUCAUCUUUGAUGAUCUAAUGGCAGAAGCGAUCGAAAGCCCCAUCGUUUCUCGGUUGUUUACCCAAGGUCGCCAUAGAAAUGCCAGCGUCAUACUGCUCCUUCAGAAUAUGUUCCCCAAGGGAAAAUUUAACACCGAUAUCAGUCGGAAUGCACAGUACAUGGCUCUUUUCCGAGGUCCUAGCGAUCGGAAACAAAUCGGAAUUGUUGCUGAGCGUAUGUUUGAUACGAAUCGCCAACGAUUCAUGACAGCUUAUUAUCAUGAAACAGAGAGGCCUUACGGUUACAUCUUUGUAGAUAAUAAACCGGACACGGCGGCAAAUAAGCAAGUAUUGAGUGACAUUUUCGGCUCUUGUCGUCGAUAUCCGACUAUUAACAGCCCCGCAAAAUCGGUCGAAACCGUCAAAACGACCAGUUACGAGGAAAACAUUGCCUGCGAAGCUAGAUCAGCAGUAAAAUCGCCUCAUGUGGUCAAUGUUCCCCGCCAAUUGUAAAAAGGUCACGGCCAUUUCCUUUUGAUGCAGUAUUGUCUGAAGCAGCCUAUCCCGUUGUACAAAAUUAUAUGCAAGGAGCGCCCCGAUGCCAAACCCUACCAAAAGACUUUGGGAUCACGGAAAUGUACCGCUUUGCCAGACAUCUUUAUGAUCCGUAUCUUCCAUCGUACUCGUAUGGAAAUUACUGGCCUGUGAAAAUAAGACACUAUUGCAAUGGAAAAUCGAAAUGGAUUUAUUUACACAAGGACGAUCCCAGCGUAAGAUCUUUCCUAGAAAAGAACCAAACGAAUGCUCGAUAG